AUGGCCGCACCGGGCAAACGCAGUAUGCCGACCAACGCAAAUCCGUCUGCUAAACGCGGCAAGGGCGACAAAGGAAUGUGGAAACAGGGCAAAAGCAGAGUCAAUAUUGAGGCGGGCGAUGUCGGUGUUUUUGUGACUUGUGACAUGGGCAAGGAAGGAAAAUGCAUGGCGGAGACAGUCGAUAUCUUCUCCCAGGUUGGUCCAUUCGUCCAUCAUACGGUCUGCGUGGCCUGCAUGGCCAGCGCUGGAGCCAAUCUUCAAACCACGCCAACACACGCUGACUGGCUUGUCGUUCAGGAACUUGAAUCAUCAGCUUCCCCUGCCAAGGAUGACGAUGACGACGAGGAGGAGGACGACAUCGAGGCCCAGAUUCAAAAAGAGCUUGCGGGCUUAAAACCAAACAAGGAUAAAAAGCGCCCCUUCCAAGCAUUUCGCUUGGAGAUGCCCUGUGUCAUAUUUGUCCGACUGGACCCAUCUAUCGACCCGGUCGAGUUGGUCCACCGUCUGUGUCGAGAAGCACGGGCCGAUCCGGAGACGAAGAGGAGUCGAUUUAUCAAGCGCAUGACCCCUGUCACCUCAAUCAGAAAAACAUUGCGAUUCGAUAUGGAAGCUUUUACGCGAGAAAUCCUCAAGCCGCACUUCCAUUCUGGGGGACCUCCACGUAGGUACGCGAUCCGGCCAUCUAUUCGAGGAAACGGAAAAUUCAAGCGGAACCCUCUAAUCAAGACCAUCGCGGAUAUCGUGGGCCCUGAACACCCGGUAAAUCUGACGAACUACGAUAAGAUGAUUCUGGUCGAUGUCUGCCAAAAUGUCAUUGGUAUGAGUGUAGUCGAUAGCGAUUACGAUCAGCUGAAACGGUUUAACCUGGCUGAGAUUUAUGAUCCGUCCCCGAAGCCAGUCCCUAAGGAAACCACCAAAGAAUCCCUCAAGGAAGAGGAAGCCCCUAAGGAAGCCCCAAUAGAGACCGCAUCUUAG